AUCUCGUUGCGUUUAGCGUUUGUCAAAUUUCUUCCAACGAUUGUAAUCGCGGCGUGACGUGUCAAUGAAUGAUCCUUCAAACUAAAAGACUUCGCACUAAUUUCUGUUUCAUUUGUUCAAGAAGAAUUUGUUCAAGUAAAAUAUUUAAAAAUUACCGUGAUGAGUUUACCGGCUUUACCACGUGUUUUGGUAUCGAGCAAUGAUGUUCCUGCUCCCGGUAUCGAUUUGCUUCGCACAAAAUGUAACGUCACUAUUAUACCAGCUGACAUAAGCACUCGAGAACAAAUGUUGCAAGCUCUUCCUGGACAUGACGCUGUAUUUCUCGCUAGUCAUCAUAUUGUCAAUAGCGAGUUCCUCGAUGUUGCCGGGCCAAAUUUAAAAGUCGUAUCGACAAUGUCGACCGGGUACGAUCAUUUAGAUGUUCCAGAAAUUAAAAGGAGAGGAAUCAAAGUCGGGCACACACCGAUAGUGGUAUCCACUGCAGUGGCGGAAAUUGCGGUGCUCUUAAUAUUAUCGGCGGCAAGACGCGCUCAUGAAGGUCGCAUCAAAUUGGAAGAAGGUGAAUCAAGAUUGACACCACAAUGGUUGCUGGGACAAGAUUUACGAGGUUCUACAGUUGGCAUCUUCGGCCUAGGAAAUAUUGGCCAAGCAAUAGUUAAACGAUUAAUGGGUUUCGAAGUAGGGCGUUUCAUUUAUACCGGACAUUNACAUAAUUCAGGUGAUGAACUUGGGGCAACGUUUGUAUCUCUGGAUGAGCUUCUAAAACAGAGUGAUUUUAUCGUAAUCUCAGCAGCUCUAAAUGACGAAACUCGAAGACUUUUUGAUGAUAACACUUUUGAUAAGAUGAAGAAAACAGCCAUCUUCGUAAAUGUGUCUCGUGGUCAAAUUGUCAAUACCGAUUCACUUGUGAGAGCUCUUCGUAAUAAGAAGAUAUUCGCUGCCGGAUUAGACGUUACCGAACCAGAACCGCUACCUCCGGAUCAUGAACUUUUAAAACUACCUAAUGUCGCAAUUACGCCACAUAUGGGUAGCGCGACAAUCAAGACCCGUAACGAUAUGUCGAUAGUCGCUGCGCAAAACAUUCUUGAUGGUCUUGAGGAUAAACCUUUGAUUUACUCUUUAUAGCAACUCACUUUUCUUGUGUUAUGCAUUUCUUACAUUUUAUCAAUUUAUUUAAAAAUAUUACUAAUGUGUAUGAUCAUUAUUAAAAUGUAUGAUCAUUCAUGAUGUAACAAGAUCCUCUUUGAUUCUUCAAAUUACAUAAAUAUAAUCACUCGG